CCUUCUGACGAUUCGAGGUUUCAGAUACCGAUAAGUACCUACCUACGAGAUGCGAGUGAUUGUGCAUGUAAUUCAAGCUUACCACCAUUAUUUGUACCUAUCGGCUACCGUAUCUUUGAUUGGUAGGAGCGCCCAUAGCUGAACUUCAACCUUUCUGCUUGAUACCUAAUUCAGACUAGCCGAUAUAUUCUGACCAUGAAUCCUUCGAACAUUCAAAAUGGAAAUUCUCCUGAACACCACCUCGACCACCUAGACAGGUACUUACCCAUAUGUCACAUCUUGGUUUUCUCCAUCAAGUUGUGCCGGGCAUUGUUAACUCAUGUCACUCACUCAUGUCACUCACUCCGUGAUAUGAUACGAUACGAUACGAUACGAAGCGAUGUGAUGUGAUGUGUUUGUUUGUGUUCUCUUGUGUUCUUCAAUAUAUACAUAUACACAUGCAGCGAAUAGGAUCAUGUGGACGCCAUCAUCCAACUCCAAGGCUUCUUGAUCCAUCCGGUUCUAUUUCCGAAACUCGCGAUACAAUCAUCAUUCAUGACCUGAAACUCUCCUCGAAAAUCGAUUACAAGGUAUCUUUUCUCCGUAUUCUAAUUCUCUUACUUGAUCUCUUCGCUGUUAUCAUCUGCUUCCAAUCGCGUCCUUUUCUCUUCUUUAGUAUUACUUGUUCUUGCUUUACUUCCGAGUUUUUCUACUGCGCCGUAAGCGUUGGUUCUCGCGUUUGGUUGGAUGUAGUGAUGGCCAGAUAAGCGACCGCCCCCAUAGCGGUUACGAAAGUUUUCAUGUCUUUUAUGAUUUGUCUGCAUAAUUUGAAUCGACGCUUUUUUAUCUGUUUCAGGUUACUGCGUUAAAUCGAGUGGUUCAUAAUGACUCUUACCUUUGAGACACCAGGCCGCAGCGUCGUUGCCGCAUACUCGCACACUUGAAAUGGUUGAUCGAGGCUUCCAGCUCGAGUCGAAGAAUAUAAUGUGAGAUGGGGUCCAAUCCUAAAAUAUUUAUAUAUCUCUUUGACCAUGGCCCAGCCUCAGCCCUUGGAUCUAAGCCUGCCUUGAUUACAAUUGAAUAUUUUCGAGGCCAGUUUUCAACGUGAAAACUCAACUGUCGUUUAAAUUUCACGUCGCAUGGGAAUAAUUUCAUUGGCAAUUACCCGACCACAUCUUUCCUCGGGUUUCUCGGAUGAACUACUUGUACAAGAAUUUCCCUUUUCAAGCUCCUCUCAAACCUUUAGCAUCGAGGGUUGCCUCUUGCUUGGACCCCAACUUUUUUUUAGUUACUUGUGAAUACCCCUAAAAAAGGCGUGGAAUCAUGCCUCAUGUUGUCUCUCAAAUGCAGCCAAAAGAAAGGCCCCAACAAACUCACAACUCAAAACGAACCAUGAUCAAGAAUGCAGUUUCUCAAGAUAACCUUCGCCCAUCUACUACUCCUCGUUGUCGAAACGCAAAUGGCCCAACUCCCACCUUGAGUUUGCUCGUUACCCCACAAGGUGCAUGGAACUAUACGCCAGGUCGACAGCAUUCAAAACAAUUUUCUCCUGAUAGAAUGACACCUAUAUCCGCCGUCGAUUCCGUUUUUGAAUUAUCUUCGCCAGCUACAAAUGCUUCCCCAAAUUCAGCCACAUCAUCAUUUAUUGCUGAACUGGAAGACACUUCUCCUGGGGCAGCCAAGCCCCAGAAAGUCAUCAUGGAUCCAAAGUCUCCACUCAGUCCUACACGUUCCUUACAUGCAGCUACUGCCAUUGACGCUAUCAAUGACUUCGAGGCAGAGAAUAAGCGUCUUCUCGAGCGGGCUAUUGCGGCCGAAAAUGCAGCAAAGAUAUUGGAGGAGCAAAAUAUCGAUCUCCGACGGAAAGUCAACUAUUGUAUGGAACAACAUAGACCAAAGACUGCACCAACUCAGAGAACCUCACAAGACUUACGCAAGCGCAAUACCGCAUACAGCACGACAACACCUCUAUCCGCUUUCAACACUAUGAUGGAUCAUGUGGAGGCUAAGUAUUUACCACCUCCUAUUAAUGAUACACCCACACCAUUGCCUCGACGAAAAAAUUCGCUCCCAUCAGAAUCACUAGUUUCACAUCAAGGUGAACUUACGCCAAACAGAUUUGGUCCCAGUGGAUUUAUUCCCUCGCGGCGACCUCCUCCGAUUCCAGAGAGUAAAAAGGUAUCUUCAUCGAAAGACCCAACCCGUCGUCGUGAUACAUUAAAAAAGAACGACGUGAGCACUCCAAGAACAACACGUUCUAAUAGUCGAAUGACCAAAAUCUCCUUGUCGGAUGCAACUCUUAGAUCAAAACCAUUACCAUGGGCUCCAUCAGCAAUUCCAGGUAUGGUUGAAAUUGGCAGUACGUAUGAAGAUGCUGCCCCUACGUCCCAAUUGAGACCGAAGAAGAGUUUCGCGAAAUUCUUUAGAAAAGCAAAGAAGGAAUAAUCAGUAGCGUUUUUGUCCACAAACUUUCCCUUUGUCAAUAAUACCAAUGGGGAAUAUAUUGGGAUGUUAUAUCAUACAUCCCAGGCGUUUUGGGUUUUUGAUGUAUAUAUGUCUUAUGAAUAAUGAAAGUGGUACAUAUGGAGUAAUUGGAUAUUGGGCCGCGAGAUCAGGAUUUGACACGGGCUUUUCAGAAUAAGGGAACGGUAGUUGAGUAAUAAUAUACUGUUCCUUUCAUAUUUAUUAUUUGCAUAUGUUGAACUGUGCUUGGUCUUUUAUCUCUGAUUUCUAUUUUAUUUUUAUCUUUUUGGUUUCUCUCUCCCAGGAAAGGAGAUGCAUCCACGAUAC